GGAGUGCUUACCUCGCAGACACGUCCCCUAAUGACAUUGUCCGCGUAGAGCUAAUAUCAGGCGGGAGCAUUUGCUCUCCGCCAUAACAACCAUGGCAUCUACCCGAAAGGCACCUCUUCUCGACGUUCCGCCCUCACCACUUGAACGGCCAAAGUCCAACAUCUCCCGCACCAACACCCACCGCCUCCCGCCACCAGCGCUGUUCCAAGGCCCGCCCUCGAAAAAUGCCUCGCACGUCUCGCUCGCUCUACCGGGCGGCGACCGCUCCGGUGGUGAACCAGAACACUCACACCGCAUACCUCGACCCUCUCGUGUUCCGGCUGCAGCAUCCUUCUCAGGCCCCUCGCUGCGUCAACCCGCCGCCGAGGCCGACGGUAACCGCGCCGAGAACCUUUGGGCCGAGAUGCAGAAGACGCUCGCGGACGUCGAAGUCUCGGCAUUGAACACGUCGCAUGUCUUUGGGGCCAGCCACGCAAAGGCUCUCGAAGACCUGCGCAUGGCACAGUUGUCCCUGGCGCAGACAUGGGCGAAGAGCGAAGCCGAUGAACUUCAUGAGCACGAUCACGACGACUUGGUGGACAGCGCGAAUGCGACGAUUGGCAAGAUCGAGGCCAAGGGUGCAAGUCCCAACAAGACGAGACGAGGGAAUGCGAAUGCCAAUGCCGCGUUUACGAACAACAAGAAUCUCGAAGAGGAGACGGAGCGGGAUAUCCAGCUUGCGAGGAAGAGGAGAGAGGCGAAUGAUCGGUACUUUCAGCAGGUCAAUCGCGGCGUGCUAGAUGUGGUCAGUAAGCUCGACGAGGUGGCGGGCGCCAUGAGACGAGUUGAGCGCGAAUCGAGGGACAUCUGGGAUGAGUCGACCGAGGAUGAUAUCAGUGGAAGUGAGACGGGGUCGGCGACGGACCAUACGGGAAUGACGGAUAGUCCUCUGCCCACGAGGAAGCCAAGGUGACCUGGUGUUGACCAGACUUCAUCAUUGUGCAACAUCCCUACGUGAUAACAUAACAUGACCGUCCGCAAGAGAUUGACUGUCGAUCAUCGGAGAAACACCACAGCAGUGUUAGUAGUCGGACUCUAUAUCAGGACAGGAAUGAGUCUCAGGCUUUGUGCGUGAGACGCGCGGAGGAGGGAGUGGGCCGUCGACGAUUGCCGCAAAGUCGUAUUCAGGAUGACUCCUGUGGCCUUAAAGGCGUCGACAGCACACAACAAUGUCCAACUGGAAGAGCGUAUUGCAGUGAUGGGUCCUUGCAUACUUGGGCACAUACGAGGUGGCAAGGAGAUUCACUUGCUCAUGCCACAGAACCAGGAGUACUGAUCGAAGAAAAAUCUUGGACGUCUCGAUAUUAUCUCCCAGGUCGGCCGGUUUUGGAAAGCUCACGAGGCAAGUCCUGCACUGAUGGAAAAUUCAGAGGUAGGGAGAAAUUUUGCUUGCACAGGUGGCGGGAAGACAAGGACAGUGUCUGUAGAGUCGUAUCCAACAAUGGGGUGGGCAUCCAGGGCGUAUUGUCCAAUUUGCCCAUCAUGAGAAACUUCUGCCCUUGGUCUCUGUAUUUCUCAGUCAUGCUAUGUGGUCGUAUAUAGGGGACGACUGUAAAAGGAGCCUAUCCUCUGAUAUGUACCUUCCUGCGGACGGGAAGCAAUUUAAGAU